AACUCGGAGAGCACCAGGUUAACAUCUAUGAAGUGAUUCCUCUUUAUGACCGGAGACUCUCUCUUUGGGCCCCCACCACUCUCUCUCUCUCUCUCUCUCUCUGUCGGAUUUAACUUUUUUUUUGUUGGGUUUGUUUGCCUUCCGGAGGAUAUUUUAUUUCAGGCCGACCUCUGGAGCGCGAACCCAACUGGUGGAUCUAUGAGAGCCCUACGCGGGAUUCAACGACGUCUGUGAAGCCGAAGAGGAGGAAUGUAUCGUUUCUUUGUGAAACUUGCACUCGUGAUUCCUGCCGUCGUCCUCGCACAAGGUCUAAAAUGCUCCUCACCCACUGAAUCAUGCCUGAACAGAGGAAGGUGUGAAGCCACCACGAAUGGAAAUGGGGAAUGCAAGUGUCCCAGUGACUACGUAGGCAGCAGGUGCCAGUACCCAAGCCCCUGCAGCCCUUCGCCCUGCCGAAAUGGUGGCGAAUGCCGGUCCGUUUCCCAUGGCAACACAUUUGAUUUCCGCUGCGUGUGCCGCCUGGGUUUCUCCGACCGGCUCUGCCUGACCCCCACCAACCAUGCCUGCAUGAGCUCCCCCUGUCGCAAUGGAGGAACGUGUGAUCUCAUUACCCUGACGACCUACCGCUGCCGCUGCCCACCUGGGUGGUCAGGCAAAACAUGCCAGCUGGCCAACCCGUGUGCUUCCAAUCCAUGUGCAAACGGUGGCCAGUGCUCGGCCUUCGAUUCCACCUACAUCUGCACCUGCCCACCUGCGUUUCACGGCCAGACCUGCAAGCAAGACAUCAAUGAGUGCGCUCAGACGCCCUCUCCCUGUGUCAACGGGGGCGUGUGUGUGAACGAGGUGGGCUCAUACCACUGCCGAUGUCCUCACGAGUACACCGGCAAGCACUGCGAGGCCCGGUACGUGCCAUGCAGCCCCUCGCCAUGCCAGAAUGGAGGCACCUGCGUGCAGAAGGGAGACACCACCUACGACUGUAGCUGCCUGCCAGGCUUCACAGGUCAGCACUGUGAGCAUAACAUCGACGAUUGUCCAGGCCACAACUGCCAGAAUGGUGGCAUGUGUGUGGAUGGUGUGAACACCUACAACUGCCAGUGCCCACCUCAUUACACAGGUCAGUACUGCACCGAAAAUGUGGACGAGUGUGAGCUGAUGCCCAACGCAUGUCAGAACGGAGGCACGUGCCAUGACACUCACGGCAGCUACCACUGCGUCUGCGUCAACGGGUGGACUGGCGACGACUGCAGCGAGAACAUCGACGACUGCGCCAGUGCCGCGUGUUACCACGGCGCAACCUGCCACGACCGCGUGGCUUCCUUCUUCUGCGAGUGUCCUCAUGGCCAGACAGGUUUGUUGUGCCACCUUGAUGACGCCUGCAUCAGCAACCCGUGUCAAAAGGGCUCCAACUGUGACACCAACCCGGUCAAUGGCAAGGCGAUCUGCACCUGCCCCCCGGGUUACACUGGGUCAGCCUGCAACCUGGACAUUGACGAGUGCUCCCUCGGUGCCAACCCUUGUGAACACGGUGGUCGCUGCCUCAACACCAAAGGCUCUUUCCAGUGCAAGUGUCUUCAGGGAUACGAAGGUCCUCGCUGUGAGAUGGACGUCAAUGAAUGCAUGUCGAAUCCUUGCCAUAAUGACGCCACCUGCCUGGACCAGAUCGGAGGGUUCCACUGCAUCUGUAUGCCAGGAUAUGAGGGUGUGUUCUGCAACAUCAACACAGAUGAGUGUGCCAGCCAACCUUGUCUCAACAAUGGCAAGUGCGUUGACAAGAUCAACUCCUUCCACUGCGAGUGCCCCAAAGGUUUUUCUGGGAAUCUGUGUCAGGUGGACAUUGAUGAGUGCGCCAGCACUCCCUGCAAGAAUGGAGCUAAAUGUACAGAUGGUCCCAACAAGUACACCUGUGAAUGUGCCGAAGGCUACACAGGGCAGCACUGUGAGAUUGACAUCAAUGAAUGCUACUCUGACCCCUGCCACUAUGGCACUUGUAAGGAUGGCCUUGCCUCCUUCACUUGCUACUGCCAUCCGGGCUACACCGGCCGCCUGUGUGAGACCAACAUCAAUGAGUGUCUGAGCCAGCCCUGCAAGAACGGUGGCACCUGCCAGGACAGGGAGAACACAUACAUUUGUUCGUGCCCCAAAGGCACUGCAGGUUUCCAUUGUGAGGUGAACCUGGACGACUGCAAGAGCAAACCCUGUGACUAUGGCAGAUGCAUAGACAAAAUCAACGGAUACGAGUGUGCGUGUGAGCCGGGCUACACAGGAUCAAUGUGCAACAUCAACAUCGAUGAGUGUGCCAUUAACCCCUGUCACAAUGGGGGCACAUGCGUUGACGGCAUCAACAGCUUCACCUGCCUGUGCCCAGAGGGGUACAACGACGCCACAUGUCUGUCUCAGGUGGACGAGUGUGGCAGCAACCCCUGCAUCCAUGGCCGGUGCCAGGACCUCAUCAAUGGCUACAAAUGUACCUGCGACUCGGGAUGGAGCGGGGCAAACUGCGACAUCAAUAACAACGAGUGCGAGUCCAACCCGUGCAUGAACGGCGGAACCUGCAAGGACAUGACCAGCGGAUACCACUGCACAUGCAGAGGCGGAUUUACUGGACCUAACUGCCAAACUAACAUCAACGAGUGUGCCUCCAACCCCUGCCUCAACCAGGGCACCUGCAUCGAUGAUGUGGCUGGAUACAAGUGCAACUGUUUGCUGCCCUACAUUGGUGAAAACUGUGAGACCCUGCUGGCCCCCUGCAGCCCCAGACCCUGUAAAAACGGUGGGGUAUGUAAGGAGUCUGAGGACUACCAGAGCUUCUCCUGCAUCUGCCCUGAGGGAUGGCAAGGUCAAACAUGUGAGAUCGAUAUCAACGAGUGUGUGAAGAGCCCAUGCCGCAAUGGUGCCGUUUGCCACAACACUAUGGGUGGCUACCAAUGCAAGUGCCUGCCAGGUUACUCUGGCCAGAAGUGUGAGACGGACAUUGACGACUGCAAGCCAAAUCCCUGCAGUAACGGUGGCCUGUGCCACGACAGCAUCAACGGUUUCACGUGUACCUGUCUGCCUGGGUUUCGUGGCGGCAGAUGCGAGCAGGACAUAAACGAGUGCGAGAGCAACCCCUGCAGAAACGGAGCCAACUGCACGGAUUGUGUGAACAGCUACACCUGCACCUGUCCGCCUGGCUUCAGUGGCAUCAACUGUGAGAUCAACACCAACGACUGCACAGACAGCUCUUGCUUCAAUGGUGGCACUUGCGUGGACGGAAUCAAUGCAUUCACCUGCCUGUGUCUCCCUGGAUUCACUGGCAGCUACUGCCAGUACGAUAUCAAUGAGUGUGACUCUAAACCGUGCCUCAAUGGAGGAACCUGUCUCGACAGUUAUGGGACGUACAAGUGCACCUGUCCCCAUGGCUACACGGGGGUGAACUGUCAGAAUCUUGUGCGCUGGUGUGACUCCUCCCCUUGUAAAAAUGGAGGUUCGUGCUGGCAGCAGGGAGCCUCAUAUACCUGCCAGUGCCAGACUGGAUGGACCGGCCUCUAUUGUGACAUCCCGAGUGUGUCCUGCGAGGUAGCAGCCAAACAGCAAGGUGUGGAGGUGGGUCACCUGUGCAGAAACUCAGGCCAAUGUUUGGACGCCGGGAACACACAUUACUGCCGCUGCCAGGCCGGCUACACCGGGAGUUACUGCCAGGAGCAAGUCGAUGAAUGCUCACCCAAUCCCUGCCACAAUGGAGCCACCUGUACUGAUUAUCUGGGAGGUUACAGUUGUGAGUGUCUCCCCGGCUAUCAUGGUGUAAACUGCUCCAAAGAGAUCAAUGAGUGUCAAUCCCAGCCCUGUCAGAACGGAGGCACCUGUAUCGACCUCAUCAACACAUACAAGUGCUCCUGUCCGAGAGGCACACAAGGUGUUCACUGUGAGAUUAAUCUGGAUGACUGCAACCCCUCCACGGACCCGCUGACCAAUGAGCCCAAGUGCUUCAACAACGGCAAGUGUGUGGACCGCAUUGGAGGCUACCAGUGUGUGUGCCCGGCCGGUUAUGUGGGCGAACGUUGCGAAGGUGAUGUCAACGAGUGUCUGUCAGACCCCUGUGACCCCAGGGGGUCCUACAACUGCAUUCAGCUCACCAACAGCUACCGCUGCGAGUGUCGCACUGGAUAUACAGGUCAGCGUUGUGAUAAAGUGUUUGAUGGCUGCAAAGGAAGACCCUGCAGAAAUGGCGGGACAUGUGCUGUUGCCAGUAACACCCCCCAUGGUUUCAUCUGCAAAUGUCCACCUGGCUUCACUGGCUCCUCCUGUGAGUACGAUUCUCGCUCCUGCGGGAGUCUGAAUUGCAGGAAUGGAGGUACGUGUGUAUCAGGCCACCUGGGCCCACGCUGCUUGUGCCCUCCAGCCUUCACUGGCCCGGAGUGCCAGACCCCCACCGACAGCCUCUGCAUCUCCAACCCAUGCUACAACGGCGGGACGUGCCAGAUCACCGCAGACGCGCCUUUCUUCCAGUGCAGCUGCCCCAGCAAUUUCAACGGCCUGCUGUGCCACAUCCUGGACUAUUCGUUUGUCGGGGGUUUCGGUCGGGACAUCACCCCACCUCCGGAAGUGGAGGUGAGCUGCGAGAUUCCUCAGUGUGACGAGUGGGCGGGCAACCACAUCUGCGAUUCGCUGUGCAACAACCACGCCUGCGGUUGGGACGGAGGAGACUGCUCGCUGAAUUUUGAUGAUCCGUGGCAAAACUGCUCUGCUGCACUGCAGUGCUGGCGUUACUUCAACGAUGGGAAGUGCGAUGGCCAGUGCAACAGCCCUGGAUGCCUUUACGAUGGCUUUGACUGCCAAGGACAGGAAGGCCAAUGCAACCCACUGUACGACCAGUACUGCAAAGACCACUACGCUGACGGUCACUGUGACCAGGGCUGCAACAAUGCAGAGUGUGAAUGGGACGGCCUGGACUGUGCGGAAAACAUGCCAGAGAAGCUGGCAGACGGGCACUUGGUUCUGGUGGUCCACAUUUCCCCGGAACAGCUUAAAAACCGCUCCUCUGCCUUCCUCAGAGAGCUCAGCAGCGUCCUCCACACCAACGUGGUGUUCCGCCGCGAUGCCAAAGGGGAGCCGAUGAUCUUCCCUUACUACGGCAAUGAACAGGACCUGGUUAAACACAACGUGCUGAAGCGCUCUGCGGACGGCUGGCCCGAGUGGGCUUCGAUGCCAGCCAACGUUUUGGGUCAGGUGAAGGAGCGGGUGUCUGCCAUGGUCAGCCCACGGAAACGCAGAGAGCUGGAUCCUGUGCAAGUCAAAGGGUCUGUGGUGUACCUGGAGAUUGACAACCGCCAGUGUUACCAGCAGUCUACCGAAUGUUUCCAGAGUGCCACAGAUGUAGCUGCCUUCCUUGGAGCACUGGCCACCAGUGGCAAUCUCAAUGUUCCCUAUAUUGAAGCUGUCACAAGUGUGAGACCCACUCCCUCCUCUUCGGAGCUCUACCCCAUGUAUGUGGUCUUCCUGGGCUUGGCAGCUUUGGGUUUCAUCUGCUUGGGCGUUCUGGUGUCUCGUAAGCGACGGCGUGAGCACGGCCAGCUCUGGUUCCCAGACGGAUUCAAAGUGUCUGAACCCAGCAAAAAGAAACGCAGAGAGCCCCUGGGAGAGGAUUCUGUUGGACUGAGGCCUAUGAAAAACUCAGACAUCAAUCUCAUGGAUGACAAUCAAAAUGAAUGGGGUGAUGAGGAUCCAGACUGCAGGCGCUUCAGGUUUGAGGAGCAGGCCAUGUUGGAUUUGAGUGACCAUACUGACCAAAGGAAAUGGACACAGCAGCACCUGGACGCAGCUGACCUACGUAUUCCAUCCAUUGCUCCCACACCUCCGCAGGGAGAGAUAGAGAAUGACUGCAUGGAUGUUAAUGUCAGAGGACCAGAUGGCUUCACUCCCCUGAUGAUCGCCUCCUGCAGCGGCGGAGGACUGGAGACUGGAAACAUUGAAGAGGAAGAGGAUCCCUCAGCAGAAAUCAUCUCUGACUUCAUUUACCAGGGCGCCAACCUCCACAACCAGACUGACCGCACCGGUGAGACUGCCCUCCACCUGGCUGCCCGGUACGCCCGCUCCGAUGCGGCCAAGCGCCUCCUGGAGUCCAGCGCCGAUGCCAACGUUCAAGACAACAUGGGCCGCACUCCGCUUCACGCAGCCGUGGCCGCAGAUGCACAGGGCGUGUUCCAGAUUUUGAUCCGAAACCGUGCCACUGAUCUUGAUGCCCGCAUGCAUGACGGAACAACGCCGCUGAUUCUGUCUGCCCGGCUGGCGGUCGAGGGCAUGGUCGAAGAACUCAUCAACUGCCACGCCGACGCUAACGCCACGGAUGAUUCUGGUAAAUCAGCUCUUCACUGGGCAGCAGCUGUAAACAACAUAGAGGCUGCCAUGGUGCUGCUGAAAAAUGGUGCCAACAAAGACAUGCAAGACAACAAGGAGGAGACACCGCUCUUCCUUGCAGCCCGUGAAGGCAGCUUCGAGACCGCCAAGGUUCUCCUGGAGCACUUUGCCAAUCGCGAGAUCACUGACCAUCUCGACCAGCUGCCCAGAGAUAUCGCCCAGGAACGCAUGCAUCACGACAUUGUCCGCCUCCUCGACGAGUAUAAUGUGGUUAGGAGUCCUGGGCUUCACCACGGCCCACUGAGCGCCUCCAGCCUCUCUCCACCUCUCUGCUCACCCAAUGACUACCUUAGCAACCUCAAGCCAACGCUUUCUGCCAAGAAGGUUCGCAAAAUUAGCUCUGGGGGAAAAGGAGGGAAGGAUGGGGGCAAAGAUAGUAGAGUGAAGAAGAAAAAGUCCCUGGAUGGGAAGAGUAAUUUGCUGGACUCGUCCGCUGUCCUUUCCCCGGUGGACUCCCUUGAGUCACCACAUGGCUACCUGUCUGAUGUGGCCUCUCCUCCCAUGACGUCACCCUUCCAGCAGUCCCCACCUAUGUCUCUAAAUCACCUACAAGGCAAUGGAGAGUCCCAUAUGAGCCAGAUGAUGUCUUUUGAUCUUAACCCACCCCGUCUCUCUCACCUGCCUGUGUCCAGCCCCGGUAGUCAGGGCACAGCUUCCAUAGGUGGAAGCAGAGGAGGCCAGUGUGACUGGGUCUCCAGGAUGCACCCAGGUGUAGGCCAGCAAGGAGGCUUCGCACAAGUGCCCCCCAUGUCCCACAGCAUAAUGGGUCCUCUGCAUGGCGUCAGCACUGCCACUCUAUCUCAGAUCAUGGGCUACCAGAAUCUGCAGACCAGCCACCUCAGCCCGUCCGCACACAUGAUGCAGCAGGCUCACUCACGGCAGCUCCAGCACCAGAACUCAAACUCCACCACAGCGGGCCAGUCCCUCAACCAGACCUUCCCCAACCUUGAGUUGAACGGAUCUGACAUGCAGCAGAACAACAUCUCGGGACGCUCCAUGUCAAUCCACACCGUAAUGCCACAGGAGACGCAAAUCCUCGGCAACCAGUUUCUCACCCCUCCCUCUCAGCAUAGCUAUUCUGGCCCCAUGGACAACACACCUAACCACCAGCUCCAGGUCCCCGACCACCCAUUUCUAACCCCCUCUCCCGGCUCCCCUGACCAGUGGUCCAGCUCAUCCCCACAUUCCAACAUGUCCGAUUGGUCAGAGGGCAUCUCCAGCCCGCCCACAAGUAUCCAUUCACAGAUGAAUCUGAUCCCAGACCAGUUUAAGUAGAGACUUGUUGAACUGGCCCUUAAAGUGGAAGAAAAUAUAUAAAUACAAAGAGAGUGACAAACCUGUCGGAGGACUGAAGAUGCUCCGUUUUCACCAUCAGUUUUUAUACUAACGAUAAGAACAGUUUUAAUAAUUUUGUAUUUAUUUAUGUGCUUUUUUUGACCUGAAAUAUAAAGAAGAUGCUUUUAUAUUUAUGCUUUUUUGAUUUUGUUUUGUUUUAUUAUGUAUGGGAAGAUUAGAAACUGUUUAAAAGGAGUGUAUAUCAGAAAAAUGACUCCUAGAUGUGUACACUGGCUAUUUAUUUGUGUAUUGUGUUGCUAUAUUCACUGGAUUCAGUUUAAUCUUGUGGUGCAUUGGUCUUCACAAUUUUAUUUGGGAUUUGCAUUGCAUUAUGUUUGUACAGACGUUUUUUAUUUCAAUAGAUUAUUUUAAAACAAAUUCAGUAUUAAUUAAUUAUAUUUUAACCUCUUUUGUCUUUUUAAGUGACACAGGUUUUGUUACUGAACUACAUUUCACUAAGUCUUAUCACUGAGUUUGAGGAUGUUCAUAUAUAUAUAUAUAUAUAUAUAUAUAUAUAUAUAUAUAUAUAUAUAUAUAUAUACAUUAUAUAAGUGGCACCUCUCAUAUUGUUGCCUAUGACACUGUCCUCUCUUGGCAACAUGUAAGAGAGCAACAGAGAUACUUUGGAGAUUUGGGACCUUAAAGCACAGAACAAACUUCACUACGCGACGCUUUAAACACGAGUGGAAAAUGCAUCUACAUCAACCUGAACCUGUUUCUGUUGAAUGAUGGUCUAGGCUGGGGAUGAAUUGACUUGUGACCAUUAAUGAUGCAACGACUGUUCCUUUUUUUCAUAUUGCAUCCCAAAUCAAUGAUUAUGAUGACAAUGUUGGACCUGUUAAGUGUUAAAUUUGCAGACCCGCUGUCGAAAAGCGAAAAUGUUACAUUUGCCACAGUUUAAAAAUAGUGCCAGUGUGAUUUUUGUUUUUCCUAAGAAAAGCAAUGUAUUUGUGAGAUUUCUUGUAUAAAAAAAAGUCUUCAAGGUGGAGAACGUUGUUUGUGAAAGAACUGGGACCUUUGUGUGUCAAUGACAUCGCCUGCACUUUGUAAAGGAGUGCGGUAUAAUAUGUCUAAAUGUCAUGUUUUAUAAACUAAUCCAGAGAUAAAGAUGAUUUUUAAGAGAAGGUGUAAUUCAACAAUAAUUGUUCAUGCAAAGUUGUAGUUUGCAAAGUAUUUCCUGAUUCAAAAUGUUUUUGUAAAAAUUGUCUUGAUUCAAUAAAAGCUGCUGUCAAGCAUUAAA